AUGGAUCAAAGAAUUUGUAUCAAAUUUUGCGUAAAAAAGUAUAACAAAGUAUGUGAAAUGUUAAUAAAGGCCUAUGGUAAGUCUGCUAUGAGUAAAACAAGAGUUUACGAGUGGUAUAAGCGUUUCCAAGAUGGCCGUGAAGACGUUGAAGAUGACGAACGCCCCGGACGGCCCAGCACAUCAACAACCGAUGAAAACGUGGAAAAAGUGAAAGAAAUGGUUAUGAACAAUCGCCGACUCACAGUCAGAGAAGUCGCUGAUGAUGUUGGCAUAUCGAUUGGCUCAUGCCAUGAAAUUUUUUCGAAUGUUUUGGGUAUGAAACGUGUGGCAGCAAAAUUUCACAACAUUUCAUUGCUUGUUCGUGAAUUUUUGGCCAAAAACAAUACUCUAAAGGCUAUCCCAAAGAUCGAGUUUGAGAAGUGUUUCGAAGAUUGGAAGAAGCGCUGGCACAAGUGCAUAAUAUCUAAUGGAGACUAUUUUAAAAGCGACAAUAUUAAUGUAGACGAAUAA